AUGGUCGGUUUGUGGGCUUGGAAAGUUUUGGUGAAACUGAGUUGGGUGAAGGUGGUGGUUGCUGACGUUCCAGUUUUGGUUGCCCAGAAUUGGGUUGAAGGUAGAGAGAGAAUUCAUUUCUGGUUUGAUGUGACCCACUCUGUGGAUUUUCUGGAUUUGUUGUUGCUCGUCGUCUUGUUGUUGGCCUUGCUGAGGAAUACAAAGGGCGCUGCUAGUUAUCGGUUGCAUAUCUCAAAGUUUGGCUCGCCGCGGAUUGGAUAUCAAUGGAAGGAAAAUGGAAAGAGCAGGAGGACGGAAAUGGAUUUUGAUAACAGAAAGGGCAGGCAAAAGCGCAUCAGGGUAUUGAAGGGUAAAGGGGCUCGUCCCUCUACUGAGAAAACACCAUCAUGUGUUGGUGUUGGUGUUGGUGUUGGCAUCUACUCUCGAGAAGGAGUCGACCUUUUGGUGGUCACCGCCUACUGGCUUCUGCAUCUGAAAACAAUGCUGUGGGACUAUCAAAACUACAAAAGUACCCUUCAAGAUAUCUUCAAUUUUUUUGCUCCAUUGAGGCAGUAUUCACAGAGUGGUGGGGAGCUUUGCGGUGGUUCUGGAGAAGCAACAGCGGCGAGGGAGGUGGUGGCAGCGGCGAAGGAUAAUGGAUUCAGCAAGGCUUUCUAUUUUUCUCCCAAAUCUUCUUUCUCCCUCCCUGCUCUCUCUUCACUCCCACUCUCUUCUCUUCGUGUGUCGCUGCCCAGCCACCGCCAACAAAAGCAAGCAGUGACAACCUGUCGCCGGAGUAGGUACAGCAGCCAAGUAUAGGUCUCAAUUUUCAAGUUCAUGGCAGAUAAGGAAGGGAGGAGCGUUUCAAAUUCAGCCCUUCAUCAGUGCAAGAUUUUUGGCUACAAAACAAAAUGAAGGAGAAUUUAAAUACUCGAAACUCAACUUCUUAGAGGAUUUUUGGGGGGAUAAUACUGUUUUUGUGGCAGGAAAAUAUCUUCAAUUUUUUUCCUCCAUUGAGGCAGUAUUCACAGGCCAUUAGACAUGGAUUCCUUUGGCCUAAGUCACUCUACUAGAUUUGCAUAUAAUAUUCGGCUCCAACUCCAGGGAUAAGACUUCUUAGAAUAUGGCUAUAUCCCUCAAAAUUAUGAUCCUUUUUUAUUUGAAUUGUUUCACUUCGAUUUUGGUGUAAAUCUAGAAUGAAUAAGGUGUAAGGUUCAAAGUCCUCUUAGUU